AAAGAGCGUUCCGGGGAGCUUGAGCGGGAGCGGGUAAAUCGGGCACGACCAGCCUCUUUCUCCGUGUUCGUGCUAAUGGCGCAGCGCGGCAAUGGCCGCUUCCACGGUUCCACCACUCCUCCACCACCCGACGCCUUCCUUCCAGCCAUUAGCACAUGAGCUCCACCUCUCGCGCCGCGCUCUCCCCGAGUCCCGAUGUCACGGGCGCCUCCCGCGUUGGCGGCUCCGGCCAACUCCACGUUCUCCCACCUCUUGCAGCUCUGCGCCCGCGGCGGCCGCGCUGCCCUCGACGCCGGGCGCGCCGCGCACGCGCGCAUGCUCGUGUCCGGGUUCGUCCCGACAGCCUUCGUCUCGAACUGCCUCCUGCAGAUGUACGCCCGCUGCGCAGACGCCGCCUGUGCACGCAGGGUGUUCGACGCGAUGCCCCACAGGGACACCGUCUCGUGGAACACCUUGCUCACCGCGUACUCGCACUCCGGGGACAUCACGACCGCGGUAUCACUGUUUGAUGCAAUGCCGAAUCAGGAUGUCGUGUCAUGGAACACGCUGGUCUCAAGCUAUUGCCAGCAUGGCAUGUAUAGCGAGUCGGUGGCCCUGUUUCUGAAGAUGACUCGCUCUGGUGUUGCCUCCGACCGGACAACGUUUGCUGUCCUUCUAAAGUCGUGCGGUGCUCUGGACGACUUUGCACUCGGUGUGCAAAUCCAUGCAUUGGCGGUGAAGGCAGGGUUAGAUAUUGAUGUCCGGACUGGGAGUGCUCUCGUGGACAUGUAUGGCAAGUGCAGCAGUUUGGAUGACGCAUUGUUCUUCUUUUAUGGAAUGCCCGAGAGGAACUGGGUCUCAUGGGGUGCAGCCCUUGCUGGGUGCGUUCACAAUGAGCAGUACACACGUGGGUUGGAGCUGUUCAUGGAGAUGCAGAGGUCAGGGAUAGGGGUGAGCCAGCCAGCUUAUGCCAGUGUCUUUAGAUCCUGCGCAGCGAAAUCAUGUCUGAGCACUGGUAGGCAGUUACAUGCACAUGCCAUAAAGAAUAACUUCAAUACUGACCGUAUUGUUGGGACAGCUAUUGUGGAUGUUUAUGCUAAGGCUAAUAGCUUGGUGGAUGCUAAAAGGGCAUUCUUUGGGUUGCCCAGCCAUACAGUGCAAACGUGCAAUGCCAUGAUGGUUGGGCUUGUGCGCGCAGGGCUUGCAAAUGAGGCCUUGGAACUGUUUCAGUUCAUGACCAGGUCAGGCAUUGGUUUUGAUGCAGUCAGUUUAUCGGGCGUCUUCAGUGCUUGUGCAGAGAUUAAGGGGUAUUUCAAAGGGCUACAAGUCCACUGCUUAGCAAUGAAAUCAGGUUUUGAGACGGACAUCUGUGUCAGAAAUGCAAUUCUUGAUCUGUAUGGGAAGUGCAAAGCAUUGGUAGAAGCGUACUUUAUCUUCCAGGAUAUGGAGGAACGAGAUUCAAUCUCUUGGAAUGCUAUUAUUGCUGCUCUUGAGCAAAAUGGGCGCUAUGAGGACACUGUAGUUCAUUUUAAUGAGAUGCUGCGCUUUGGUAUGGAACCUGAUGAUUUCACAUAUGGUAGUGUCCUUAAGGCUUGUGCAGCUUUACAAUCUUUGGAGUUUGGUUUGAUGGUUCAUGACAAGGUUAUCAAGUCAGGACUUGGUUCAGAUGCUUUUGUAGCUAGCACUGUUGUUGACAUGUACUGCAAAUGUGGUAUGAUGACAGAUGCUCAGAAACUCCAUGACAGAAUCGGGAAGCAAGAACUUGUUUCAUGGAAUGCCAUCAUGUCAGGAUUUUCACUGAACAAACAGAGUGAGGAUGCCCAGACAAUGUUCUCACAGAUGUUAGAUAUUGGACUUAAGCCUGAUCAUUUCACCUAUGCUACAGUUCUUGACACUUGUGCUAACCUAGCUACCAUUGAGAUCGGGAAACAGAUCCAUGGUCAGAUAAUUAAACAAGAAAUGCUGGUAGAUGAAUAUAUAUCCAGCACCCUUAUAGACAUGUAUGCCAAGUGUGGGUAUAUGCAAGACUCACUGCUAAUGUUUGAGAAGGCACAGAAACGGGAUUUUGUGUCAUGGAAUGCUAUGAUAUGCGGCUAUGCGCUGCAUGGUCAAGGAGCAGAAGCACUCAAGAUGUUUGAUAGGAUGCAAAGGGAGGAUGUGGUUCCAAACCAUGCAACUUUCGUUGCUGUGCUCCGCGCUUGCAGCCAUGUUGGUCAGCUGGAUGAUGGAUGUUGUUACUUCCAUCAGAUGACCACCCACUACAAACUGGAACCACAACUGGAGCACUUUGCUUGCAUGGUAGAUAUACUAGGACGGUCAAAGGGACCGCAGGAAGCUCUGAAUUUUAUUGGCACCAUGCCUUUUGAAGCGGAUGCAGUCAUCUGGAAGACUCUCCUAAGCGUUUGCAAGAUCCAUCGGGAUGUUGAGGUGGCUGAACUUGCUGCUGGCAAUGUUCUACUACUGGAUCCUGAGGAUUCUUCAGUUUACAUUCUUCUGUCAAAUGUAUAUGCAGAAUCAGGGAAAUGGGCUGAUGUUUCAAGAACAAGAAGGUUAAUGAAGCAGGGAAGGCUUAAGAAGGAACCUGGCUGUAGCUGGAUUGAGGUGCAAAAUGAGAUGCAUGGAUUCCUUGUAGGAGAUAAUGUCCAUCCGCGAUCGAGGGAGCUGUAUGACAUGCUGCAUGAUUUGCUUGAUGAGAUGAAACUGUCUGGAUAUGACCCUGAUUCAGCUUCUUUUGCUGAGGUUGACGAAGAGGGCAGUGCAUCCGAGCAAGAUGAUUUACUUGGAAUGGUUGGUGGCUAGUCAGUCCUGUAUUGAGGUUCCAAUCUACUAUUUUAUUACAAAGCUCUGAACUUAAUCUCCCCUGCAGCUGAGACAGUGAUACUGCAAAAGAUGCUCAGGCAGGACUCUGAAACUGUUUUCCCUGGCAUGUCGAUGUACCGUAAAAUGGUUUUGUUGAUCUCAUGAGUGUAUGAAAUUCACAAACAUUGGAAGACAAACUGGUGCACAUAUUUUGCUAUAUAGAUGACACAGACUUGGCAAUUGUGAUUGUUUCCGCCAUUUAUUCUGGUACAGGCUUGUAUAAAGGCACUUGGCCAACUGUAGCAGAAGAGUUGAGCGAGCUUAUUUGUCAUACAGUUUCUCUAAAGCAGAAUCCGAGGAUAGUAUUUGAUAUGCUUGUACGCCAGACGUUUUGACAAGAAGCUUGGGAUUAUAACAAGGGAAGUCAAACUUUCCAGAAGAUGCAAAGGUUUUGCAAGCAUUAUCCAGUGCUAAAUGUACUCAAGAGAGAUUAUCGUCAUUGCUGAAAGAUCUACAUUUUGCCUUUUUCUUUUGUUUUGGCAAAAUGACUAUCUUCGAGUGCUCUCCCAAACUUGCGAAUUGAUGUGACCACCUCAAAUAUUUUAUUAACAAUUAAAAGGAAAUGGCUGGCGUUAUGAAUAGAGAAUUUCAUGAACUUGAGCUAGAUGGUAGUAAUUAUUUAUCAUGGGCUAUGGAUACCAAGAUAGCAUUAGAAUGUCGUAACUUUGGUUCACAAUUAUCACACCUGCUGACGGCGCCGAGGAAAUACUGCAAGCAGCCAAUACUUAAUUUUGUUUUGUGCACAAUUAGACAUUUCCACUUUAGUGCCUUCGUUGCCAGUUAUUUUGCGUUAUAUUGACUGAUGUGCCGUUCCCUUUCUCUGACUUUAGAACUACGAUGUUUCUAAUAGUAUACAAGUUUGCAAAUUGCUCCAUUGAACAAGCUUAGGACACAAGUGCUCUUCCCAACAGGUUAUUAUAAUGUGGCAAUAGAGAUCAAUAUAUACACUCAGUUGUUUGCUUAUCCAAGAAGAACCAGUUAAGAAGCCGAGAGGGAACACUUCCCAAGCACUUCAGAUGCAAUUAACACUGAUGGUCAAGGAUUAGUAUCUUGUCUGAUGUGACAAAGGUUCAAAUUAAUCAUGGAGGUUAUUUGUAUCGAUUCCAAGUUCCUAACGGAACAUAGCUCCCUUUUAUAGACAACUUCAAUAGAUAAUGUGUAACUUCAACAUUGGUGAGGAUGAUUUUUCAUAUAUGCAGUGCUAAGGAUCAAGAAAACUGAAUAUCAUUGAAAUAUAUUGCAACCCUUUCCCGUAGCAGCGCGUGAGAUAUCAUCUAGUAGUAGAUACCAGGCACUGCAUACAUAUGCCGGGGGUAGAGAUUUCAGUGAUUGAAAUUUAGGUGCAUGCCAGCAUUCAGUGUCUCAAACAUCACUCUAGAUACUCAGUCUGCUAUAAUUAUUACUACUCAUGUUUGACAAACAAUCGUGCACUUUGCCUUCCGAAUGAAUUGGCCUUCACUUGCCCUUCUCGUCCGUGUAGCUUACAUGGCCCAGGGCCACAUGUUUCUACCUUUUCUUUCUAGCUUCCCCCUUUUGUGACAGAACUUCAAGAUGGAGAGUAGCAGUGAUUUUGAAGGUUCUGCCGAUGCAGGUAAAGUGGAGGAAAAUGUUGAUGCGUGUUGCGAAGUAUUGGAAAGCACCCACCGAGCAAUGAUCAGUCAGGCGGUUACAAGUAGCAAGAAACGAGCAGGAAAGCUACAAGCACGCUCGCUAACAGUGUCACGUAAACUCUGGCAGGGUCUAUCAAGCUGAAUGUUGAUGCUGCUUUUGACGGUGAUCUGCUGGAAGGGAACAGGAGCAUCGUGGCGGAUGCUCUCGUACGGCCGAGGGCCCUGGCGCGGUAUCAUGUUACCGCAAUCGGUGGGAGAAUCGAGUGAUCGUCAACGCCUAGUUGAUGAAGUCCAUUUUGUUGUCAAGUAGGAAACGUACAGGGCUGAAUCAACCGGAGAACGACCGUAAGGAACACUAGCAAUUACUACAUUGUUUAUGGCUUAUAGUUGAGAACUCCCAGUAAAGCUUUGCUCGUGUUUCUGAAAAGAGUUCAUGCUUCACACAGACACAGGGUACCUCUUUCGAGAGCAGAAUACACACUUUAUAAUUCCACAGCCUA